AUGAAUCGAAGACGUGACGUUUCGUCCUCACGCUCUGUGCCUACCUCACAGCAUGCAUCGCCCAGAAGAGCAAUUCCAGGUGCUCCUGCAGUCUUCCUAUGUUCAUCUCGAUGCCAAGAGCUAAAGGCAGUUGCUCAGGGACCAAGAAGGAUGCAAGGAAAGGGGCCCGAGCAAAGGCAAGAGCCAAGGCAGGGGCAGGAGCAGAGGCUUCAAAGGCAGACUGUGACGCUGUCCAGAGCCUGCUCUAGUGACCGAGACCUCUCAACGAGGCGUCCAGCCAGGAGAACCAGCUCAGAGAGUCCCUGCAGGGUGCCUCAGAGAAACGUCUCCGCAACCAAGCAGCAGGCAAGAGACACCAUCAAGCGUCAUUCCUCAUCGCCCAGCAUAAACAUACUAAGCAGAGUAACCAGCCGCUCCUCCCUCCGCUCCUCGUCCUCCGACUCAAGUGGACGAGCCAAGAGUGAGGACGAUACAAAGAAGAAUCAGCAGAGAACUGAAUCACGCCUCAAUGACAGAGUCACCUGGAGGAGGAUUCGGGAUGAGGAUGUGCCUCAAAUCUUGAAGAGUACUCUGCCAUCUACUGCAUUGCCUCUGUUGCCUGUUCCUGAAGGGCCAAAACCAAAACCACCAGCACUGCAAAGGAAACUGCCGACCAUUUUACUUAAGUCAAGAAAGACGAGCGACGCUACAGUCCAAACUGAGGAUUUUUCGUCCAACAAGACCAACUCAAGCACCUCUCCAACUGUUGAGACAGCUCCAAUCAUCUCAGAGGAGGCAGCGAGACUAGCCCUCCUUAGAAAGAUCAGCAUUGGCUCCGGCCAAGAUGGAGACUCUGAUGGAUCCCUAAAGAGCUACAGCACAGCAUCCUCUGGAAACGCUCACUCUGUGGAAACUCACACAGGCGGCUUCGGCCAUUUUCGUCAGAGCUCCCCCAGCAAGGCAGUUCGGGUCACCCCAUUCAACUACAUACCCAGCCCCAUGGCAUGCUGCCUGCAAGACGCACAGAGCCAAGCAACAACAAUCAAUGAGAAGUCAUGUGAAAAAUCUGAAGCCUAG